GCCGCGCGCCCCUCCGCGGCCCGCCCCAGGGACCCCUGAGCGAGCCGGGCCGCGCUUCCCGCUCCUCCGGCCCGCCGCUCCUUCCCGGCCCUGCCUGGGAAGCGCCUGAGGCGAGCCGGCAUGGCGGCUCCGCCGCGUGGCCGUGUUUCCUCGGGGAAGGCGUAAGCGGUGGCUCCCGCCGCGCUCAGCGCUUCCUGCGCCGCCCUCGCUCCGCCGAGCGCGGCCAUGGCGCGGCCCGCGGCCGCCUACGAGGCUGCGGUGCCCCCCCGCCCCGCCUGCGCCUACACCAGCUGCUACUGUGAAGAAAAUGUUUGGAAACUUUGUGACUACAUCAGGAGUCAGGAUCGAUACCCUUUAGAAGAGUUUUAUGCGGUUUUCAUCUCCAAUGAUAGGAGGAUGAUUCCACUCUGGAAGCAGAAAUCAGGACAUGGAGAUGAGCCUGUUGUCUGGGACUAUCAUGUUAUUCUACUUCACGUUUCCGGUGGGGAGCAGAACUUCAUUUAUGAUCUUGAUACAGUGCUGCCAUUUCCCUGUCCUUUUGAUGUGUACAGUGCAGAAGCCUUCAGAUUGGAUGACAGCCUUCAUCCAGAAUUUCACAGGAAAAUCAGAAUGAUUCCAGCAGAUUUGUACUUGAAGACAUUUGCUUCAGACAGAUCCCACAUGAAAGAUACAAAUGGGAAAUGGCAGAAACCUCCUCCUUCCUACCCUUGCAUUGAAACUGCAGAUGCAAACCCCAUGGGGCUGGUCGGUCAUUUACCCUGUGAAGACAGGAGUGGGCCUCCCCUGUCCUACUACGUGCUUUUGGGAGGUGAAUGAAAGGAGCAGCACCAGGGGAGCUGGACCAGAACUACACCCUCGGCCACAAAACCUGCGGCUUCUGCCUGCAAGGCCUUUUCUGUCCCGGACCCAAAUGAACCAAGGAAAACGUAUUAAAAAGAUAUUAGUUUGUUUGUUUUCUAUCAUAAAGCACAGUAUACUAUGCAUCAAGUAUGGCGAGGAAUGAACUGGUGUCUUUCCAGCUUAGGGAAGGCCUUUGAACCCACAGGAGCUAUUUAUAGAGCUUUUUAGAAAACAGCUCUCUCCAGUUUCUGCAAUUCUGAUGACAGGAGCAGCUCAGGUUUUGUCAAAAAUAAAGCAACCCCCUACGCGAUUGACUGGGGUUCACCCACGCUCCCUGUAAAGCAGAGAAACUGAACUGAGGAUUAGGGAAAGUUGAGGCAAAGCUGAGUCAUAAUCUUAUUUGUUGUGUAAGUAGUUUUCAAAAUGCUUUUUGCCCAAACUCUGCUUUUCUGUUGGUCUCUAAAACAGAAAGUGAGGGCAGGUCAAGGAAUUACACAAGGUGACUUCUUAUCGUUGAUGAAGGCAGAACCUCAUCCAUUCUUCAGGCUGUCUCACCCCUUAUCUCUGAGAGCUCCUGGAGGGGUGAAAGUGUUAGCAGCAAUAACAUGAAAAUGGGAGGAAUUACGGACAGCCCUUGCUGACCCACCCAACACAUUCCUAAAAAGAUCAAGUAUUUCCUUUAAAUGAUUUAGUCAGUGAAAAUAAGUGUAAUUGAAAAUUUCUGAGAAAGUUUGACUAGCAAACAGGUCUUAACAACAGCUUUCUCAUCCCUUUGUUUAAAAGGCUCUGGUGAACUUGUAGACCUUCCCAUGUUUCCAGAGACUUGUGUCUAGGGAUGCAACCCUCUGACUACAGGCCCUAGAGCACAGCACAACUGCCAAAAGUCUUACAGACCACUCAAGCAUACAUUACUUGACAGAGAAAAUGAGAUUAGAAACAGAACAUCUGCAUUUUGUGCCUAUUUUCAUGGCUGGCAUAGCUUUCAUGAGGCAAUGGCAAUUUUGCCAUGGUACCUUCUCCUGUUCCAACCUGAGACACAUUUCAUUGUCUUUUCAACUCUUCUUCCCCAUUUACUUGGAGUAGCUACUUGCAUUGCCUCCAAGCA